AAAAACCCUGUCUCUGCAGCUGCUUCUCUACCUUAUCUUCUUCUUCUUCCCCAUGACCCCCCAACAAUGCCGGACCAAGAGUCGCCCAAACCCACUGAAUCCCAACUCAAGGACCAAAAAUCCGACUCGAAUUCCGACCCAGAUGAGGAAAAAGCAAAUCUCUCCUCCUCCGACGACUCAGAGUCUGAGUACGACUCCGACGAGUCGUCCGAGUACGAAGGAGAUGGAGGUGGUGGCGGCCCAAAUGGCGGUGAAGCGGAUGAUUCACUCAAGUACAUCCGACCCGGUGAAGAUAUUCCCGAGGCCGAUAAUACACCCGAGGUGAACAUGAAGCUCUUCUCUCAGGUGCUCCAGGGGAAGAGAGUGAGGAGAAGGCAGGACGAGGAGGACGAAAGCUAUGUCUUUUAUGAGGACCUUUUCGAUUUUCCAGAGGACCCGGAGAAUUGGAGGGAGGAGGACUUGAAGGAGUUAUGGGGGGACGCUCCGUUGGAGAUGACCAACCCCGGGUGGGACCCGGUUUGGGCUGAUGAGGAAGAGUGGGACAUUGUCCGGGAGGAGAUUAAGGCCGGCAAGGACCCUCCAAUUGCCCCGUUUUAUGUCCCGUACCGGAAGCCUUACCCAGCUAUACCGGAUGACCACUAUGACAUUUCCAAUCCCAAGGCUGUGAUUGAGGAAAUGGAUAGGAUUGAGGAGUUUCUCAAAUGGGUUAGCUAUGUUUUCGAAGAUGGAAGCACGUAUGAGGGCACUGUCUGGGAUGACUUGGCUCAUGGGAAAGGAGUCUACGUUGCCGAGCAGGGACUUGUCAGGUAUGAAGGUGAAUGGCUUCAAAAUAACAUGGAGGGUCAUGGGGUUGUUGAAGUUGAUAUACCUGAUAUAGAGCCUAUUCCAGGUUCCAAGCUUGAAGCGCAAAUGCGUGCUGAAGGGCACAUAAUAUCAAGAGAUUAUAUGACCCCAGAAGAUAAGAAAUGGCUGGAGAUGGAUAUUGAAGACAGCAUUCUUCAAGCAGGCGGGCAGACUGAAGUACCCUUUUAUGAAAGUGAAGAGUGGAUCAGACAAUUUGGGAGGAAACCGGAGAAAGGUCGAUAUCGUUAUGCUGGUCAGUGGAAGCAUGCCAGAAUGCAUGGAUGUGGGGUAUAUGAAAUCAACGAGCGUACCAUUUAUGGUCGGUUCUAUUUUGGGGAGUUAGUGGAGGAUGAUACUGGUUGUGAUGAGGAUGUAUCAGCGAUGCAUGCGGGUAUUGCAGAAGUGGCUGCUGCUAAGGCUCGGAUGUUUGUGAACAAGCCUGAUGGAAUGGUUAGGGAGGAAAGGGGACCUUAUGGUGAUCCUCAACAUCCCUACUUUUAUGAAGAUGAUGAUGUUUGGAUGGCACCAGGCUUCAUAAACCAAUUUUAUGAAGUACCUGAUUAUUGGAAAACGUAUGUGCAUGAGGUUGAUGAAGAAAGGGAAAUGUGGUUGAACUCCUUCUAUAAAGCUCCACUGAGGAUACCCAUGCCUGCUGAGCUUGAAUACUGGUGGUCAAAGGAUGAAACUCCAGAAUUUGUUCUUCUUAACAAGGAACCAGAGCCUGAUCCUGAAGACCCAUCGAAGCUUGUAUAUACUGAAGAUCCCAUAAUCCUACACACACGAACUGGACGGUUAAUCAACUAUAUCAAUGAUGAAAAAUAUGGGGUGCGCUUAUUUUGGCAGCCACUUCUGAAAGAUGGGGAAGAGGUGGACCCAAAAAAGGUGGAGUUCCUUCCCCUUGGUUUUGAUGAUUUCUAUGGAAGGAAUGUUGGUGUGAAGAAGAAAAAUUUAUGGAUGCAUGUGGUAUCAGCAGUGGAAAAUGCAUGCAAGCCCGUUCUUGAAAAAAUAGAGAAAUGGACUGAAGAGAAGAGGAAAGCCAGUGAGGUGAAGUUGAAGUUGAUUGAAAAAGAACUUGAACUUGUAGAGGCUGAGUUGUGCCUGGAAGAGGUAAUUGAGGAUAUGGAUGAGGAGUUAAAGAUGAGAGAGAAAGAGGAAGAGAAGGUGGAAAUGAGUUUGCAGGAGGAAGAAGAUACUUCUGCUGCAUCGGCUAAGCAAGAUGAGAAACCCUUAGUUGAAGAGGAUGAAGAGGACGAGGACGAGGAAGAGGAAGAGGAAGAUGAGGAUGAUGUUGCGCCAUCAAGUUUUGGGUCAGCAACUGCAGAUCAAGAUGCAACUAAAAAUGGCCAGAAGGGAAAUAAACCUGGGAAAUCUCCAUUUUCUUCGUCUUCAUUGGCAUUUGCUUCAUGUAGCCUUGUCUCUGGAGUUCCAUCCAGGCUACAAGAAGCAUUUUUGUCUUGGAAAAAGAGUAGAGCGAUGCUGAACACAACUAUUCCUUCGUGCAAUGACACCUCUAGUUGCCCCUCACCUGAUUCAGUUAGUUUCCCUCCGGUGGUUGGUCCAAAAGUAAACUUGAAAGCCACUAGUCAAAGGCAGCUGAACUUCGAAGCCAAAAUCUCCUCAAACGUGAGGCUAUCUCGGAUGCGGCCCAUAUCUCAGUUAUGCUCAUCUCCUUCAACAUCUAUGGAUACCAGAAUAAGCUCAAAAGAGAUGAGAUCAAGAAACCGUAGUUGGCCGCAUGUAGCGCAAGGGAGGGAACCAUACAGCGUUUUGUCGCUUCACACCCCAGUGCAUUGUUUGAACCCGUAUGAAGAAACUACGCAUGGCGAGCUGCCGCUGUCUCCCUUGUUAACAUAAUACUUGUACUCUUAAGGGUAAAUUUUGUAAGCGGCACAUUCUUUUUCCAGUUUAUGUAUAAACUCGAGGUUCUCCCCCCAAAUCCAACCAAGAGACAAAUAAAGGUGAGGAUGAUUGGAGUUUGGGUUUGAAUGCCUUUUAGGUGUUGUGAAGAGGGCCUAUGUAGCGACAUUGUUACCGUUAUUGUGUUUUUGUAAUUCUCAGUAUCGUGUCGUUGUACGUUGUAUUUUAGGUUAAUAAUAAUAUGGAGGAUGUUUAGUGUAA